AUGUCGGAAGUCUUACCAUACAACGAGGAAAACAUGACUUAUGGCAAUGAUGGGGAUGAGGAACACCUUUCUUUCACCUGUCGCCUCCAAGACACCAACAACUUUUUCGGUGGCAACCAGAAUAAGCGACCACCAAAGCUUGGGCAAAUUGGAAGAAGCAAAAGAGUUGUCAUUGAAGAUGACAAUGUUGCUGAUGGAGCUGAAGAAAAGUCUACAGAAAAAUCAUCCACAUCAGUGUAA